UGUAAGAGAAGACAAAACACAGUACAGAAUCACCAUUCUUACAAUGUAGUAUUUACCAGUGACCACUAGAUGUCAGCUCAUCAACAGUGUAUCUGAUGCGGGUACUGUGGCCGCUAGGUGGUAGCUCUGCACCAGGAUUUCCUCCUCCCAGGUCGUCGAAACAACAAACCGAACUACGGAGCAAGCGGGGUGAGAGAACGUCCGAAACCGCCUCUGACCGCGACUUUUAAACUCUUUUUACAGAAUUGUAGUGGAAUUCAGACGGAGGCUGUACAAGAAUAGUAAAAGUUCUGCCGGGCCUGCAUUUCACAACAAGGUCACAUGCAACCUGUCCCUGUCUUGUAUUUUCUGAGGAUCUCAAGCCAGUCAUAAGUUGAAGUUAUCCAGAAGAUGUUACAGAAAUGAUAGCAGCACCAGAAAUACCAUCAGAGUUCUCCUUUACUCAGGAUACAGACACCCGAUUCUCUUCAGACACAGACUUCUCCGAGGAUCUCGAUGGAAGGAGUGCAACCCCAGCUAAAGGAAAGGGUGGAAAGAAGGGGAAGAAGGCAGCAGGGGAGAAGGGCAAAGGAGGGAAGGGAGCAGGUCGGAUAAAUGGCCACCACCAGGAGAAUGGCAUGGAAAACAUGAUGCUGUUUGAGGUGGUGAGGCUGGGCAGGAGUGCAAUGCAGUCUGUUGUUGAUGACUGGAUUGAGUCUUACAAACAUGACAGGGAUGUUGCACUACUAGAUCUCAUCAAUUUCUUCAUCCAGUGCUCGGGAUGUAAAGGUGUUGUCAGCGGAGAAAUGUUUCGCAACAUGCAGAACUCUGAGAUCAUCCGACGAAUGACAGAAGAAUUUGAUGAGGACAGUGGUGACUACCCUCUAACCAUAGCAGGACCCCAGUGGAAAAAGUUCAAAUCAAGCUUUUGUGAAUUCAUUUCGGUGCUAGUGCGCCAGUGUCAAUACAGUAUCAUCUAUGAUGAGUACAUGAUGGACACAGUCAUCUCCCUUCUCACUGGACUAUCAGACUCCCAAGUCCGAGCCUUCAGACACACCUCAACACUGGCAGCCAUGAAGCUGAUGACAGCCCUGGUGAAUGUAGCUCUGAACUUAAGCAUCAACAUGGACAACACUCAGCGACAGUAUGAGGCAGAGAGGAAUAAGAUAGUGGCCAAAAGGGCUAAUGACAGACUGGAGCUGCUUCUGCAGAAACGCAAAGAGCUCCAAGAAAAUCAGGAUGAGAUUGAAAAUAUGAUGAAUGCAAUAUUCAAAGGAGUGUUUGUUCACCGAUAUCGUGAUGCGAUAGCAGAAAUCAGGGCAAUCUGUAUAGAAGAGAUUGGAGUGUGGAUGAAACUCUAUAGCGAUGCCUUCCUCAACGACAGCUAUCUGAAGUAUGUGGGAUGGACGAUGCAUGAUAAGCAAGGUGAGGUACGUCUGAAGUGUCUGACAGCUCUGCAGGGUCUCUACUACAACAGAGAACUCAAUGCACGACUGGAACUCUUCACCAGUCGCUUUAAGGACCGUAUUGUCUCCAUGACUCUUGACAAAGAGUAUGAUGUUGCAGUUCAAGCAAUUAAACUACUCACUCUUGUAUUGAAUAGUACGGAUGAGGUGUUGACGCCUGAGGACUGUGAGAGCGUCUAUCACUUGGUCUACUCGGCACACAGGCCUGUCGCCAUUGCAGCUGGAGAAUUCCUCUUUAAGAAAUUGUUCAGCCAGCGAGAACCAGAGGAGGAAGGUGCCCCCAAGAGGAGAGGCAGACAAAGCCCCAACGCCAACCUCAUUAAGACCACUGUCUUCUUCUUCCUGGAGAGUGAGCUCCAUGAGCAUGCAGCCUACCUAGUGGACUCUCUCUGGGAAUGUGGUGCAGAGCUACUGAAGGACUGGGAGUGUAUGAUUAGCUUACUGCUAGAUGACCCAUUGCCAGGAGAGGAAGCUCUUACAGACAGACAAGAGACAGCCUUGAUUGAAAUCAUGCUGUGCACUGUACGCCAGGCCGCUGAAUGCCACCCACCUGUUGGACGGGGCACAGGAAAGAGGGUGAUGACGGCUAAGGAGAAGAAGACUCAGCUGGAUGACAGAACCAGAAUGACAGAGCUGUUUGCUGUGGCUUUGCCCCCUCUACUGGCCAAGUACGCUGUGGAUGCAGAGAAGGUGACUAACUUGUUGCAGCUGCCUCAGUACUUUGACCUGGAAAUUUAUACCACAGGACGUCUAGAGAAGCACCUGGAAUCCCUGCUGCGUCAGAUCAGGGAAAUUGUGGAGAAGCACACAGACACUGAAGUUUUGGAGGUCUGCUCCAAGACUUACCAUGCCCUCUGCAAUGAGGAGUUCACAAUCUUUAACAGGGUGGACAUUGCCCGCUCACAGCUGCUGGAUGAGCUGGUGGACAAGUUCAACAGGCUACUGGAGGAUUUUCUACAAGAGGGUGAAGAGGCUGAUGAAGAUGAUGCUUAUCAGGUUUUGUCAACUCUAAAGAGGAUCACAGCUUUUCACAAUGCACAUGACCUGUCGGGGUGGGACCUGUUUACCAGCAACUUCAAGCUGCUCAACACAGGCAUAGAGAAUGGAGACAUGCCUGAGCAGAUAGUCAUCCACUCGCUGCAGUGUACCCACUAUGUGAUCCUGUGGCACCUGGCCAAGUCAUCUGAGGGCAGCUCCAGAAAGGAUGACAUGGUGACCCUGAGGAAGCAGAUGAGGGCAUUCUGUAUGAUGUGUCAGCGCUACCUCACCAAUGUCAACACAGCCGUCAAAGAACAGGCAUUCACCAUCCUAUGUGAUCUCCUGCUCAUCUUCAGCCACCAGAUGGUGUCCGGAGGCAGGGAACACCUGGAGCCUCUGGUCUAUUCCCCAGAGGACUCGCUGCAGUCUGAACUGCUCUCUUUCAUCUUGAAUCAUGUCUUCAUAGACCAGGACGAUGACACAAAUAGCACAGAUGGGCAACAGGACGAUGAGGCAGUAAAGAUUGAAGCUCUGCACAAGAGGAGAAACCUCCUUGCUGCCUACUGUAAAUUGAUAAUCUACUGUGUGGUAGACAUGAAGACUGGAGCUGACAUCUUUAAACAGUACAUGAGGUAUUACAAUGACUAUGGUGACAUCAUCAAGGAGACUAUGAGUAAGACUCGGCAAAUCGACAAAAUUCAAUGUGCCAAGACACUCAUCCUCAGUCUGCAGCAGCUGUUCAACGAGAUGCUGUCUGAACUGGGUCAUGGGUUCGAUCGCUCCUCCUCUUCAUUCUGUGGAAUCAAAGAGUUGGCCCGACGUUUUUCUCUAACCUUCGGUCUCGACCAAGUCAAAACAAGGGAUGCUAUCGCUAUGCUGCACAAGGAUGGUAUCGAGUUUGCAUUUAAGGAUCCUAGUACUCAUGGAGAUGGAGGCCCUCCCCUUAACCUGGCUUUCUUGGACAUCCUCAGCGAGUUCUCCUCCAAGCUUAUGAGACAAGACAAGAGGACUGUCCACAUGUACCUGGAGCGCUUCAUGACGUUCCAGAUGGCACUGCAGCGAGAGGACUGCUGGCUCCCCCUCAUCUCCUACAGGAAUUCCUUGCAGGCUGGUGGUGAUGACGAUACCAUGUCAGUGAUGAGUGGCUACUCCAGCAGAGGCUCCUCCAUCCGCUCCAAGAAGAUCAAGCCUCCUGCUGCUACAGCUGGAACUUCAGCAGCCAAGAGGAAGCUGCCAGAAGAGGAGAGCAGCAGCAGCAGCGAGGUGUGGCAGCAGAGCAUGCAGACCCCAGUAAUGUUGCCGUCCCCCCACCUCACCUCCACUGCCAUGCGAGACCCUAAGAGGGGUCGUGAUGACAGCUUCAUGGGGGUCUACCCCCUCCCCCAUGACCAGCAGCAGCCCCACCAACACCCACAACACCAUCAACAGACGCCUCAGCACCACCAAACACCUAUGGAUUACAAUUCCCAGGUGACGUGGAUGCUGGCUCAAAGACAGCAAGAAGAGGCACGCCAACAGCAGGAGAGAGCCAUGAACUACGCCAAGCUCAGGACCAAUCUGCAGCAUGCUAUUCGUCGCGGUACUGGGCUCAUGGAGGAAGACGAAGAGCCGAUUGUGGAGGAUGUGAUGAUGUCAUCUGAGGGUCGUAUGGAUGACCUCAAUGAAGGCAUGGACUUUGACACCAUGGACAUUGAUCUGCCACCCUCCAAGAACCGUCGUGAAAGGUCUGAGCUCAAGCCAGACUACUUUGACCCUGCUUCUAUCAUGGAUGAAUCGGUCCUUGGGGUGUCAAUGUUUUAAGCUAAUAUCCAGAUGAUUUUGACGCUGGGAUAACAGAAGAGGCGCUUUGUAUUUAAAGAGAAUUUUAGAUGCGAAAACAGAAGUGUUUUCUGUAAGAAAAAGCAAAAAAAAAAAAAAAAUUAAAAAAAAGAAGAAUUCUGGCUUGUACUCCACGUGGACCAAUGACAACCCACACUCAGUGUUGCUUGCUCAGAGAGGACAUUGUUUCAAAUAUUUACUUUUAUAAUCUUGGGUAAGUAACAGGCCACAUCCAAACCUAUUAGAAAUGAAUAUGUCUGAAGAGAAAUCCAUAAUAGCUUCUUCUUUGUUUUUUUCCUCUUUCCCCUUUUUUUUUUUUUUUUUUUUUUUUUUUUUAAACAGGGAUGAAUUGGUGUGUUUAACUUAAGAUACAUUUUUUUGUUUAUGUCUAACCCUUUUUACAAUUGUAGUAAGUUACCAGGUGUGAAGUAGUAAUUUAUAAACAGACUGUAGUAGCUUGCUUGUACUGUGUUAGCCAAGUGGAUGGAGGUCUUUUUGUUUCUGUGCUCCUUUGGUUUUUGUUCUCUCCCUCUAUCUCUAAAGUUUCUUCUCCCUGUUGUUGGGCCUGAUUUGAGGUCCUGGUAACCACUGGUGGUUAAGAUGUUGAGCUGUCACAUAGAAUCAGUCAUGAUCCCUUUAUGCUGUGAAGAUUCCCAGAGUCCACUGAACGCUCCACACUGUUAAGCAGUAAGUCCUAGAGCUUACUCCAAGAUUUGGACCACUCCUUAACCUCCAUCUACUAGAGAAAUGUGUCUUGAUGCCUCCCCCCCCUAACAA